CGUGUACCUUGCCAUAACGGUCCGCUAAUUACACUUUGAAAAUUUUCUCUUCUUCAUUUCCUCUAAGAGGAAUAAUGGCUCAGGGCGUGAGUACAACAGAGAAACCGCUGCCCCAUAGUGUCGCGCGGCGUUGGAGAACCAAAUCGGAUCGACAUUUAUAGCCUUUGAGCAUCGACGAUACCCUUCACGAGGUAGAGAAAUAUGGCCCCAUGGGCAAUAAACGAAAAAGAACGAGACGAGCGACCAACUUAGUUACUGGAUCAGGAGUGUCCGCUAGCAGUUCCUUUGUUCCACCGUGCUCCAUAGACAGUUUCUAGCGUGUAUCCUCAUGCAGGGUGCCAUGGAGCUGAGAGAGAGGGAGAGGGAGAGAGAAAAGUGGCGAUCUAAAUUACUGGUCGAUGAAGGUCAAUUCAAGGCAGGAUGAUGCUACGCCCGUCUAUCACGGCCAUUAUCAUCAGAAUUAUGACUAUCCUCAUACAGUCCUCCCCUGCCAGAUCCCGAGCUUUCCGUCCAGAAAGUCGACUUCACCGCUACAGUUACAGUCACUAGUUGCUCCGGCUUAACACAUUACAUGUCGACUGAACGAUUGAACCACAUCCAGUACGGGUGAAUCUUCCAGAAAAGAAUGGCUAAUGCAUCUUAUUCGACCCCAUGCAAUGUUGCUGACCGCUUCUCUUCAAUGCAUUCCAAUUGUUGAACGGAUGGCCGCCGCUGGCUUCUAUUAUUGCUCUCUCAUUACUCUUACCCUUCUGAACCAGUCUAAAAAAAUUUUUACGCUAGUAUGAUGGAUAAAUGGUGACUUUUU